AUGACGUCAUUUAUAUAUGUGUUCUUUGUAUCAAAGAUUCUCCUCUGUGUUCUGUCAACUAGCCAUGCUGUUGUUCCAACCAAACGAGAAGGACAGGAGAGUCCCAACACAAAAUGUACUAUCAAACCCGUGGACGACACGUUCUCAAAAUACAUGGACGAUGCUUGGGUCCAAUUGAACGAAUUCCACUUCAGCAUGGCAAACUAUACCACAGAGCCGCUGUACAAAGACCUUGGCAUGAACUACAAGCCAUGGAGGUGGCACAGGACUAGGACGCAACACGGCAGGACUCUCCUGAUGUUAUCCUUCCAUUACGAUGUCCUAUCAAUGACUAUUCUCACUAUCGGCGUGGAGGCGAAUAACAUUGAACUUGUCGACAGUCCCUUUGGCUGUUUCGGUAAUUUGACUGGUGAGAAAAGGGUAGAAAAAAUCCGACAACUUAUUUUGGACGAUUUUAGUUCUGUGAAGAAAACAAUGACAGAGCUAGAAAGCGAAACACAUCUACAAAAUAUUGUGUAUGUGUGUAACGAAGUGGUGAAAAAGACUGAUCAGUACGCAGAAUUUGGUAACAGAUGCUGCCAUCAGAACAUUAACGGGGACACUGUCUGUACUGAUCAGGUGGAAGAUGCCUGGAUAACAGUGCUAUAUGUUUGUAUAGCUCUAGUGAAAAUUCUCGUCUUCUUUUUCAGUCCUUUACUUCUGCCGAGCUACAUGUACAGUGCGUCAUAUGUGGCUUCUGAAUAUGUGGUAAAACUAAAAGAUGAACUCAAAAUGAAAAUGUUUAUCACGGAAAGUACCGAAACAUCAAUCAGGUACAAAAAGCGACUAACAAUUGAAGAAAUUUCUGAAUGGAAGAAAUUUCGAGAGAGCAUAGACGAAUGUCCAAUGGACGAGAUAGUAGCUAUCAAAAUACCGGAGUUACGUAUUAAGGUAAAGGGUAAGAGGAUUAUCCCGGAGAACGAGCCUCCAACUGGACUCCUACGGACAAUUUACGAUAAUCUGAUUCGAUGUAAGAUAAAAGCCCUGGAUCCGUUCCGAGAGUGUUGCGACAGAAGUGUGUACGCCUCUCUUGAACCUCAAAUUGCACACAAGUGCACAUGGCAUAUGUUUGUGCAGAUGACAGUGAAGAUUCUUCUAUUAUUUCUCGUCCCAAUACCUUAUUAUAUAAGGGUUUACAUCUAUUACCAGUUUGAACAAGGAGAAAUGAUCCGGAGAAAUAUGGUAGCGAAAGAGCUGAACUUGCAAAUGGGAUUUAAUUUCUACCGAGGAAAUAUCAUUCAGUAUUUAACACCAACACAUGGAAUUUUCAUUGCUACCUAUGUGUUCUAUUUUUCAGCAGGUUUCAUCAUAGGAUUUUCAGACGAAAUUACAAGAGAAAAACUGAAAUCCAUUGCUCGGGGAUCACUUCAGGAUAUGCUUAAUGUGCAAAGGACAAGUGUGCUGCAAGUGAUUCUGAGAAUUAGUCUGUGGCCUUUCCGUAAGUGUGGUUUACUGGCAAUAAUACUAUGCCCAAUAUACGCGAGCUUCACUACACCGCUUUGUCUUCUGGUUUUUAUAUUAUAUUGUGUACCGACUGUGUACUUAUCCUACCGACUGCUGUAUCAUUCGAGAAAGAAAAUUUCUUAUCGAGACGACACAAAAGACGCUAUAAAGCCUCUUAGUAAAACUAAAAAACAUGUGAAAAAAAUUCAGAAACAGUUAUCAAAAAUUGACAACAGUGUACAUCGCCGUAAUUCAGCAUUCACAGAAGAUGAUCACGUAUUUCCUUGCACGUGGGGUUCGGGACGCCUGAUGAUGAUCAGACGUGUAUUUGUACAAUUGAUUGUUGGUUUGUUUUGCCUGUCUUGUCUGUACGCCAUUGUCCUGUUGUUUGUAGAAGCUGUUGGCCUUGUUGUCGAGGUUCUGGCCUUUACCAUGAUGGGUAUCAUUGUGAACGCUGGCAGCACACUCCGAUACGUGUCCAUGGCGUUAUUGGUUAUUGUCUAUAUGCAUGACUGUUACAACAAUGUCUACGAGAGUUACCUUACUUUCAACAAGACGGUGAUAGAAGAUGUUAUGGAUAGAGUGGAGGAUUUGAAGAAGGUAGCAAGUUUACCUUCAAGUAUGCAGGAAAACGCUGCAUUCCAAGUCCAACCACCGGAAACACUCGAUGAAAUCACAACCAUUCUGUCUUUCGAGAAAAAAGAACCAGCUUGGAGAAUAGGCCAUCUGUUAUUAUUCCUCGAUUCAUAUGACACACCGAGAAUUCCAUUGCGUCUCUUCAAGAAGCUUUGUGAGGUACGGAUACAUGGAGCACCCGGACCCGUGUAUAUCAACCUCCUACGUGCCACAGGUAAAUUCCUCAUUAUCGUCAUAUUCCUCUUCUUUGUCAUGAUCGUUGUUAUGGCUUUCGGAAACGUCCACCAAAUCUCUUCCACAAAUCAGACCUUGGCAACUCUUGCUGGGGGUUUCGUUCCGAUGCUCUUGAAAAAUGUUUUACCACGAAAGUCAGUUAAACUUAACUUGAAAACAUUGAGUUUCAAAGGUCAAAUCGACGAAAUUAUCAGCGAAUUCAAGCAAAACUGGCCUCUGUGUGAUCUUAUUUUUGAACAAGAUGCUUCGUCGGAAACCGAUGGAAGUGAAAUGCGAUCAGAAACUAACAGUAUAGAUGAAGGAAAUCCAAGUAAUGCAAAAAAAGCGAGUCAGAGCCUCGAAACAAUAUUGGAGGAUAAGGCCGAGACUGAAAAUGGAAAAAACGAGAAAAAUGAAAAACCCAAAGAGCACAGUAUCGACGCAUACAUAAAAGAAAAGAAAGUCCCCGAUAAUGGCAGCAAACCGUUUGAUAUUGUUAGCUAUUUUGAAAAAUCUCCAAGUAAUGGUGUUCCGCUGGGCCCACAAACCGCUAGGCUUCUACCUAGAUACUCGGUUGUGGAUGAUAACUACGUGGAUCUAUUUAUAGACUUAAGUGUUGCAGAAACCACGUCCCCAUGGCAACGAUCUUUGGAGUCCAUUCCGUCAGUGUCUAUGUUACCGGAAGACGACUUACGUAAUAAUAUUCCGGAAAUCAAAAUCGACUCCUAUUAUUGA